ACAAAAUCUUGCAAACCAAUGCCUUCCUCCUCGACGCCCCCGUUGACUCUCUCACACUCUGCUAGAGAGUGACAGGGCAGCCAAAACGGCAAAGCCAUUAAUUUCCUGUUUGUUUGUUUGGAAAUCCCCUCUUUCUUUUUUUUCGAUCAAUCCAUCCAUGGCUUCCCUCUUCCUGCUCUUCCUCCUGGUCGUCCCCUUCGCUGCCCUCCUCCUCCUCCUCCUCCUGGCCGCCGUCGUCCGCCCCCGCCGCGUCCGGAUCCCCAUCAAGGGCCGCCACGUUCUCAUCACUGGCGGGUCUAGCGGCAUCGGCCUCGCACUCGCCCGCCGCGCCGCCACGGAGGGCGCCCGUGUCUCCAUCCUCGCCCGCAAUCCCGCCCGCCUCGAGGAGGCCCGCGACACCAUUCGCCUCGCCACCGGCGUCGACGCUGCCGUACUCGCCGCCGACGUCCGGGACCCCACCGCCGUAGCUCGGGCCCUAGAGGAGGCCGGCCCCGUCGACGUUCUCGUCUGCAAUCAGGGCGUGUUCGUGCCGCAGGAGCUGGAAACCCAGGAACUGGAGGAGGUUCGCUUCAUGGUGGAGGUCAACCUCAUGGGCUCCUUCCACCUCAUCAAAGCCGCCCUCCCCGCCAUGAAGGCCAGAGCCAGGGAGACCGGCCUCCCCGCCUCCAUCGCCCUCGUGUCCUCCCAAGCCGGCCAGGUGGGUGUUUAUGGUUACACAGCUUACUCAGCAAGCAAAUUUGGACUUCGUGGUUUGGCGGAGGCGUUGCAGCAUGAGGUUAUUGCAGAUAAUAUUCAUGUGUCCCUCAUAUUUCCUCCUGACACAGAAACCCCAGGAUUUGCUGAAGAGCACAAGAGAAGACCAGAACUCACCCACAUGAUAGCUGGGAGUUCAGGUGGAAUGAAGCCUGAUGAUGUUGCUGAAAAAGCUCUCAAGGGCAUCAAAUCUGGAACAUUUAUCAUCCCCUGUAACUUUGAGGGAAUCAUGUUGUCUAUCGCUACUGCUGGUUUAUCUCCCCAGAGAUCAUAUCUGACAGCAUUUGUCGAGGUGUUAGGUGCUGGUUUCAUGCGCCUUUUGGGUCUAUGCUUCCAAUGGAAUUGGUUCAACACUAUAGAGAAGUGGCAUGCCAAAAAGAGCAAUAAAUGAGGCUGCUAGAAGCAAGGAGGGAUUGUCCAGGUUUGGAGGUCGAGAUAAUAAGCUUGGAAGUAUAUUUAGUUGGCAAUAAUAGCUCUAGUUAAUGAUUGUAGGUGGAUUAUGGGUUAUGUAGUUUUUGAAUAUUUAAACUUUAAAUCUAGAAGUUUCGUACCUACACUUUCUUGGUAAGUGGACAAAUUUUUGGACCUUUGUUUUUGUGUACUUUAUGAUUAUGAAUUUUGUACAAAUUUCUAUCAUGGGCUUUGUCAUUGUGGGCAAUAUCCUGUGGCAGCAUGGCUGUAGCAAUGUUUUGGAUCUGGGUCAUGAUACUAAAUGGUAUUAGAGUAAAGAUUUGAUCAUGGAU